UCUCGCUAUUUAGAUUGCAAUCUGGAAAACCCCAGUCUCGCUCGGCGUCUCGGACGUCGACCACGCAGCAGCUGGGGUCCUUCUCUCAUCAGCUGUCGGGCCAUCCUUUUCCCAGAUGUCCCUCUUCACCUAUGGCGGCAGUGCUCUCGUCGGGCAGACACGGCCGUCACCACUCUCACAGGUGGACAGGAGAGGAAUGGACUGCCAGCCUCAGGACACGGUGAGUAUAGGGCACAAGUGCAACAAAUAAGACCUGUGUUGCAAUGGUUUGUGUUGUGUUUCGCCAGGAAUACGGUCGUUUGUCGGCCGAUCCCACUUCUGCCAGGCUGAAAGAGGUGGUGCGUGGCGAGCCCCGUCCCUUAGUCGUGCCUCGGCGUCCAUCGGAGCAUGAAGGCAUGUUCUGCCCAUACUCAGACCAGCUAGGUACGUGCUCAUACACUUAAUCAGGGAUGACUGACAUUUAUCAACAGCUUCCCCUCUCCUGUCUGUGGGCAUGUCCGGUGCAGGUCAGCAUCCAGUGUACUUCAACAAUGACCUUGGCUUUCCGCACAAGGGCGCCGGUGUGGGGGCAGAUAGGCAGUUUUCGGCUGCCAAAGACACGCUCGAAGCUUUGCGGUUCGAACAACCAGCAUCAGUGGUACGUUUGUUCACAUCGCACCCGCCACACACCCAACAUCGGUGUGUCUUGCAGGGUAAGAAACAUCUGUUUGGGCAAGCGAAUGUGCUGCACGUCGGCAGCCACUUGGUGCGCCCUGAUAGCGCCCUGCUGCCAGCCAAACGGGCUGUCAAGACACACCACCAGUUCUGGCACCUCAUGUGAGCCAGAUAGACAGGCUGAUGGCUGGCUUGGCUUGGCUUUUCUAGUCUUUCGUUGGUAAUUUUAAUUAGUGACUUUGCGGGCGAGUGCUUGCCAAACAGAAUUGGAGACAGAAAGGGGAUGGAUGAGGGGUCGAUGAUGCGGUUCAAUGGACAUGUCCGACCGACACAUGUUACAUACGCAGACAGACCCACCUACCAGUCUAAGGCCAGCAAGUCAGCCCUC